CGAGGGCGCGGGGGCGUGGGUGCGCGGGCGCGGACCUCCCCCGGGGCGGCAGGAGGUAACGGGUCGCCGGGCGCGUGCGUGCGUGCGCGCGCGCGCGCGGGCCUCUCCUCGGGCGAGGGGCCCACGGGGCAGCGGGUGUGCGGGUGCGCGGACCUCCCCUCGCGCGGGCGGGGGGUUCACGGGGCGUGCGGUGGAGCGCGAGGGUCGAGGCCCCCCCCCCCCCCGCCAGCCCCUGCCGUGCGCACCUCCGCGCCAGCCAGUGGAGGGCCAGUGGGGUGGGAGGCCCUCGCGGCUGGGGUGACCCCAGGGCCAGGAGGUGUCCCCGCGCCUCGGUGGAUGCCCAGUGAGCUGCGGGACAGGGCGCCCCACAACUUGGUAGGGAGGCCCCAGUCGAGUCCUGCUCAAACCCGCGGAGGAACGACUGUUGGAAUGUUCGCACGUGGUGGCACAGAGAGUAGAUUUCUGGUCGUUUCCCCGGUGGUCGGUGCCGGGACCCUGUAGACACCUUGAGUGAGUGGUUUGGGGUUCAAAUCUCACGGUCUCCAGAAAGGGGUACCGUUAUUAUCUCCGUGGACAAUGAGGGAACUCAGGCUCAGGGACGUUUUCUGGCCCAAGGGCACCCCUCCGGUCUCGGUUACCUGAGUGGAAACGUAGGAUGCCUGACUUCAAACCCUCGUAUGAAACCGUCGGGGAGCAGACUUGGGAGUAAUUACUGUAACAUUGAUGUUCUUAAUGCUGUGCCGGUGACCGUGAGGGUGUUGUCAUCACCGGGCGCUCAGUCAACUUUGCUAACAUUCACUCUGAACUUCGUGUCUGCAUUCCGAACGGUGCCCGGUGGAUGCCGGCAGUGGGUGGGCCAUCCGGGGCUGAAACCUGGUUCUGAUCCGGAGGAGCUCACAGUCCAGGGAGGCAGAAAGGGGCCAGGGUCACAGCUGUGCAUUUGUCAAGCGCCUAAGUCGGUAGAGACGGCCACCAGCCCUGGGAUCAGGAAGGUUGCCCACGUCACGCUAAGGGUAAGAAGAGGCUGAUUCUGUGAAGGAAGCGCUAGAAAGGAGACAGGAGUCCCCAGAGGGUGGCAUUACAGUAGCCAGGGGACUGGGACAUAUCUAAGAGGCGCCAGGGCCAAAUGUAACUUCCACUGGUUGUGGGGAAGAAGGUGUUGGCGUUAACAUCGACAGCACUUUUAAGUGGUGCUGGCUGAAUGUAAUUGUACAGGGGGGUCUCACCCGAGGCCCUUGGCGGUGAAGACAAGGUGAGACGCAGGCACCACCUGGGCCUUGACAGCGGGGUUUGAACCGCACAGGUCCCCUUAUGUGCCUGUGGUUCCCCUGAGUACGGCACAGCGUUGUAAAUGUAUUUUCCUUUGGUUUUCUUAACAUUUUCUUUUCUCUAGCUGGCUUUAUUGUAAAAAUACAGUGCAUAGUACAUAUAACAUGCAAAUAUGCAUUAGUCGAGUGCCAUCGGUAAGGCUCCUGUCAACUGUAGUGUGUUACUAAGGUCUUCGGGAGUCAGCAGUUACGCUCAGAUUUUCAACAGCCUGGGGAGAGGGGCGGGUGCCCCUGACCCUGCAUCGUCCAGGGGUCCGCGGUAGUCGCCAGAUUGGAAAGUGGGGUCGAGAGAGGAUUUUUGUUGGUGUUUUCAUUUUGAAACUGAGACAGACUUAAGUUUGCUUGCUGCAUCGAGGGAAGGGUCCGCAGAGAGGAAGGGGUGAGGGACUGGGGCGGAGAGCAGGAUUUCUGAGGCAGCGGGUAGGUUAUGAGGGAGAGAGGCAUGGGUUUGAGGAGGUGAAGGUCUCUAACAGAAGGCACAGCAGUCUAGCAAACAGGAUGCGGGCCAGUGGAGGAGAAAUUUGAGGAGGGCCCUGCAGGUUUGCAUACUUGCAGGGGCCAAGGAGCUGCCUAGCUCACCAGAGCUGUGGCUGUGCUAGUCCCCAGCCUAGGGCGGGAGGCGUGAGGGUCCCCAGCCUGGGGGGAGGGCCACUGGGGUCCUCAGCCUGGGAGGAGACUGCGGGCCCCCAGCCUGGGGCGGGAGGCGUGAGGGUCCCCAGCCUGGGGGAGGGCUGCAGCUGGGGGCCCAUUCUGGGGGGAGGGCCACUGGGGUCCCCAGCCUGGGAGGAGACUGUGGGCCCCCAGCCUGGGGCAGGAGGCGUGAGGGUCCCCAGCCUGGGAGGAGGCCAUUGGGAUCCCCAGUCUGGGAGGAGGGCUGUGGAGGUCCUCAAGCUUGCAGGGAGGCCUCAGGGGUCCCCAGCAUAUUUGGGGGUCUGCGUGCUGGAAGAGGGUAAGAGAGUUUGAAUCCAUCUGGGGUGGGCAAUUUUUUGUACUUUAUCAUACAACUGUUGCCUGUAUUUCCGCAGGCAUGCAUGUGCCUUGUGUCCACCCCCAGGCUUCUUCAGCAUAAGGCCCGUGUAAGCAGUUCACAGUCUCAGAUGUAUAGAGGCCAGGCAGGUGACAGAGCGAACAGAUCUGGGGAUGUCUCUUUUAAACAAAACCCCACUCUAUUUAUGCAUUUAACAUGUAGGAAUAUUCUUCUUCUCCACAAAUACAGGACUCUCAUUUUUCUCCAAACUUGUCUCUCUUUGUCCACCUUGCAUUUUUGGUGCUUUUGACAGACACAGGUAUUAGAGCAGUCUCACUCCCUUGCUGACCGUACUGUGAGAAAAACCACAGUUCCAGUUCAGGGACAAAUGUAUCCGUAUCAGAGGGCCGGGGCAUGUGCCCUGUGUGAAAGAUGAAGCCGCUGUGUGCCCGCUGGCCGCUUGUCACCCACUGUUGGCAGUCUGGUUUUCACAAGGACCUGGGAUCUAGGGUCAUGGGAAAUCUCUUACUUUUAACAAUGUUAGUAAUGAAGCAGGGCAAGUACAUUAAGUAACAGCACUGUAUCCGUGUUAAUUUCCUGGCCUCCAUAGUUGUAUCAUGAUCUUAUAAGAUAGUAGCUUUGGAGAAGUUGAGUGUAGGGUAUGUGGGAACCCUCCUGUUUCUGUAACUUUUCUGUAUGUAUGAAUUCAUUUCAAAAUCCAAAGUUAAAACAAUGAGUAAAAUACCGAGAUCCAAUUCUGUGAAAGCCAAACAUAAUAAUACCCUUGCUGGCCACCCGCUGGAGCCCUCUGGUUUUCACUUGGGAUUUCGUGGCCUCUGCAGUGCGUCACACAGCACCGUGUCUUGGGCAAGGUAGCCAAUCAGCAAACACUAGUGCUCUGGCUUGAAGAACGUGUUUACAAAGAGAUCGUUGUGUUAUAUCUGUGAGGUAUUUGACUUUUAAAACUGUCUUUUUCUCGUUUUAAACAGGUUUUACAAAAGAGGCAAAGUGUUCUACUUCUAGAUUUUUUCCAUUUUUUUCCCCAUAAAUCAAAACAUCUCAAAAUGGAGGCCUAACACCUUUAAAAGGGACUUAGUCUGAUCUCCGGGAGGUAGUUUUGUGCAUGAAGAAACAAGUGUGAACUGGAGUUUUUAUUAUCCCAAAGGAUGUUAAUUUUGAACAAUACAGUCUAGUGGCAUGAGGUGUAACUAUAAAGUCUUGAUGAUCUCGUCUUUGAAUUUGACUGGUGGAUAUAAAGGGAAGUGAUUCUAGCCAGAACAGAACAGAGAGAAGGAACUUGUGUUUGGUACAGAUCUGAAAACGAGCGACAGUUAUCUAGAACAAUAUUCACCCCUCUACUAAGUUAGAGAAGCACGCAGGUGAGGCCUCUGACAGGUCAAGGGACUUCCAUGGUGACAAAGAAAUGUCCAGAACAAGACUUUGCGGUGCCCCAGGCGUAGAGUAUGGCACACUAGCAUGGACGAUUGGUAAAGGAAUGAUCUAAGCACUUAUCUGAAUGCGCAUGUGUUAAAAGUCUCAAGUUCGGCUUGUUUGAAUGGGCUGUUAUCUCUGACAAGGAUGACGGUGAGAAUGAUGGCUGGAUGGUCCAUUUUGGGAAAAGAACAGACUUAUGCAGACACAGUGACUAGCCCCGGAAGGGUUUCUGCAAUAAUGUGUAAAAUUUUUGUCCACUGCUGACGUUAGACACAAUAACUGAUCCCUGGAACAGAGCCACGUUUCUCAUAUCACCUGGAAGUAAAGAGCCAAAGUCGCAGCGGAAACCCCAACACCUGUGGGACCCAGGAAACUGUGCGCAGAAAUCACUGCUAGAGAAGCCACGGAGACCCGUUUGCAGAUUGUUGUUCAUGUUACUGACACAGAAACUUUUUACUGGUAGCUGGUCGUAAUUGAGAAACUCUGAACUUUCACAAGGUCUCUGCUUGGCCAAAGGAGGGGAUUGUGACAACGUAAAUUCAUUAUUUUCUUGUUGCGAUGAAUUCUGGCUCAAGGUAUGCUGUCUUUGGGAUUUCUGACCAAAGCCACCUUUGUACACUUCGAUUAUUCAUCUUCGUGUACAAACGCAGCCCUCUGACUUUUGACUGUUUUAAGAAACAAAUCCAUUGUCAGAAUAGAUUUGGUAGUGUCUUUCAACAGCGUGAAGCUGAGCCUAAAAAGACCAGUUGAACAAACACAUUCUUCUCUGAGGAUUUAUUUGAAAUACAGUAUUCAGUUUGCUAAGUUCUCCUGGAAUCACUAGGAUUAAGUAACCAAGCCGCUGACUAUGGGAAGUAAUUGUCGUUCAGGUAAUUUUGAAACAGGACUUAAGAUGCACCAGCCAAUUCUGUUCCCACUUCAGCUCAUUUGUAGGAAAAUUCUAGAUCGUUUUGUUUUUCCUAUUACAAAUAUUCUAGGAAGAAAAAUUACUUAAUUCGAGCACGAUUUGGGAUAGAUGGUAUUCUAUCGCAUCUAAGAUGUCACUAAUUGGAAAACACACCAUUAUUUUAUAUAGUUCCAAGAAAGAAAAGCGCUGCUGAUUAAAAUACGGUAUUUGUUAGCUGAAAGGUACCUCUUGGUAACAGAGGUGUUAAAAAGAUACAUCCUACAAUCAGUGAAAUGACCCCAAUGUACUCGUUUCUUCUGUUCAGGCAGGUCUUCCGCUUUUUCUUUUUUUCUGGCUACCAAAUUUCGUAAUUAAAAAAAAGCAAAAUAAACAUAGUUUGGAUUUUUUUCUGUGGAGCACGUGCAGGGCAUAGGUUUCCUCCCCGAAAACAGGCUGGCAGUGUGAGCCCCACGCCUGGUCUCCAGGCCAGCCGGGCACCGUGAAGCGCCCCCGCCGAGGCGCUGUCCUGCCUGCAGGGGUGCCCGGCGCCGAGUGGCAUCUUGGUGCCCUGAAGCGCUCCCCGCUGGUGCGCGGGGUUUUGACUUCCACGGCGAGGUGCCGUGUGCCAUCGUGCUCGCGCUGUGUGUGUAAAGAUUAUGGAAAAGCGCAGUUGCACACACUCUCCCCCUACCGCGUGUCAGCGUCGAGCUUAGAAUCUCACCAUGCGGAAGCCCUGAAUACACAGAGGGAAAGAAGGACAAGAGACUUCCUGUUCUGGGUGUCCGCCUCGUGAUAAAAGUAACCACCGUCCAGAGCCAUGCACAAAGCUACCUCCCCAGAGAAAGGCUGGUCCCUUUGCCACCCCGUCCGUUUCGUCAUGAACAUCGGAGCAAACAGCACAUUGUCAUCAAAGCUGCUGAAAGGCGGCACCGUGUCGGGGCUGAAAUACGACCACUCGUGUGAGCUGUACCGAAUGUCCACGUUCUCGGCCUUCCCCGCCGGCGCCCCUGUCUCGGAGCGGAGCCUGGCCCGGGCCGGGUUCUACUACACGGGCCGGAAGGACAGGGUCCGGUGCUUCUGCUGCGGCCUGACGCUGGACAACUGGAAGCAGGGGGACAGUCCCCUGGAGAAGCAUCGGAGGCUGUACCCCAGCUGCAGCUUCAUCCAGAGUCUGAAUCCGGUGAGCGCUUCGGGCGCCCCCUCUCAGCCCGCCUGUCCUUCCUCAGGGACGCGCUCCAGGCUCUCGCCGCCUCCCAGUGUGGAAAACGGGGGCUGUCCUAGCCGCUCCUGCGCCACCUUCCCGCAGAACCCUGUGACCUUCAGAGCAAACCAAGGUCUCUGUCCCCGGAGGACGAGUCCCCGCCACCGUGCGAUGGAGGCCGAGGAAGCCAGGUUGCACUCUUUCCAGGGCUGGCCCUUGACCUUCCCGCUGCCGGAGCAGCUGGCCAGAGCUGGGUUUUACUACCUGGGCCCUGGGGACAAGGUGGCCUGCUUCGCCUGCGGCGGGAGACUGAGUAACUGGGAGCCGGACGACGACGCCCUGUCAGAGCACCUGAGACACUUCCCCUUCUGCCCGUUCGCAGAAAGCCGGCUUCAGGACGCCUUGCGGUGCGCCGUGUCCAACCGGAGCAUGCAGACGCACGCGGCCCGCUCCCGAAGCUUCUGCAGCUGGCCCCCCAGCGUGCCUGUUCUCCCCGAGCAGCUGGCCCUGGCUGGCUUCUACUACAUGGGGCACAGUGAUGACGUCAAAUGCUUCUGCUGCGACGGUGGACUGCGCUGCUGGGAAUCAGGAGACGACCCGUGGGUGGAGCACGCCAAGUGGUUUCCAAGGUGUGAGUAUUUGAUACGAAUCAAAGGACACGAGUUCAUCAGUCAGAUUCAAGCCAGUCACCCCUGUCUCCUUGAACAGUUGUUAUCUACUUCAGACAACACAGAAGAUGAGAAUGCUGAGUCACCAAUUGUUCAUUUUGGGCCUGGAGAAAGUUCCUCCGAAGAUGCCGUCAUGAUGAACACACCCGUGGUGAAAGCGGCCUUGGAGAUGGGCUUCAGUAGAAACCUGGUGAAGCAGACCAUUCAGAGCAAGAUCCUGACGAGCGGGGAGAAUUACAAAACAGUCAGUGAUAUUGUAUCAGAUUUACUUAAUGCAGAAGAUGAAAUCAGGGAAGAGGAGAAAGAAAGAGCCACUGAGGAAAAAGAAUCAGAUGAUGUGUCAUUAAUCCGGAAGAACAGAAUGGCGCUCUUUCAACAUCUGACUUCCGUACUCCCCAUCCUGGAUGGUCUCCGAACUGCCAGAGUGAUUACUGAGCAAGAACACAGUGUUAUUACACAGAAAGCACAAACAUCUCUGCAAGCAAGAUUGCUGAUUGAUGCUGUGUUAGUGAAGGGAAGUUUUGCAGUCACCGUAUUUAAAAACUGUCUCCUAGAAAUGGACCCCGUGUUAUACGAGCGUUUCUUCGUGCAACAGGACCUAAAGUAUGUUCCCACAGAAGAUGGUUCAGAUUUGCCAGUGGAAGAGCAGCUGAGGAGGCUGCAGGAGGAAAGAACCUGCAAAGUGUGCCUGGACCGAGAAGUGUCCGUGGUGUUCAUUCCCUGCGGCCACCUGGUGGUGUGCCAAGACUGCGCCCCUCCCCUCAGAAAAUGCCCCAUUUGCAGGGGCCCAAUCAAGGGCACCGUCCGGACCUUUCUGUCGUGAAGAAGAUCCAAAACUGUUUAAGCUUUAUAACUAAUGGAUUAAACGUAUUCUAUUUUUUACUUCUAUACUGAUUUGGUUUCCUGAAGAUUUUUUUUAAUCUAUUUGCAGCUGAAAACUGUUCUAUGUAAACAUACACCUAA